CCUCUCUUUUCUCCCACAACCUCUACUUUCUCUCUCUACCCUUUUUCAACAUUUUCUCUCCCUACAGAAAAUGGCUCCCAAAAAUCAAGACACCGCCAAACCAUCAAACCCGGCCGCCAAUCCAAAUGAGAUCCGUUUCAGAGGCGUAAGAAAGCGUCCAUGGGGAAGAUACGCCGCCGAGAUCCGUGACCCGAUCAGGAAGACACGUGUAUGGCUAGGAACCUUCAACACUGCUGAGGAAGCUGCACGUGCGUAUGAUGCUGCCGCACGUGGUUUCCGUGGAGUCAAAGCUAGGACUAAUUUUUCUUACUUAGAUCAACAACAGUGUAUCAGUAGUGGUAAUAGUAGUACUAUUGAUUCAAUCGGCACGUCAGUUGACGCGUCUCUUAAUGUUCGUAUGCUUGAGCUUUCUCUCUCUUCCGGCGGCCGAGUUGAUGUUUCAAAUGAGACUGUUAUCAGGUGUGGACGCGUAUUUGGGAGUGAUGUAGGGAUGCAGAAUCAGAAAAAGGAAUCAGCCGUUAAUUCUGGAAAAGGAGGAAGGAAUAUGGAGAUUGAUCUUGAUCUUAACCUGGGCCCACCGCAGGAAGUUAUAUGAACUCAACUUUUGAGAUUCCUAUUUAUUUUUUUUUUAAUUUUAAUUUUAGGUUAAGCUUGGGGAAAAAGAAAAAGAAAAGGAAAUGAAAUUGAUAGAGGUUAAGUAUGAGUGAGAAAGGACCGAGGAAAAGCCUUAAUUUUGUGAGGAAAGAUAAAGGUUGUGGUCUUAUCUUGUCAGAAUUUUGUAAAUAGAGUGGGUAACAAACAUCCUUUUAACUUUGUAUUUUAUCAUAAUUAAUCUAUGACAUUAUUCCGAGUAGGUGUUAAGGA